AUGUCAUCAAUAAUUACUUACUCUAAAAAUGAUUUAACAAAUAAUAAUAUUACGAAUGAAAGAAUAAAUGCGUUGAAAAAUAGUUUUAAUAUAAAUAUAGUAGAAUAAGAAAAAAUUAAUACAAAUCUAAUAUUGGAGAGAUUUAAGGAUGUAGUAUAAUCAAAGAUAUUUUUCUUUGACUCCUUUUGA